AAAGGAUAUAUCGGGCGGGUCCAAGCCCCACGAGCCGGGUACGACUGUCCUUUCAGACAAAGUGAGAAAGAGGACAGCAGCCUCGGCGCUGUGAGUACCUGGGCACCACCUCACCACAAGUGAACCCCCCCAGAAACAAAACUAACUCAAAGGGAACUUAAGCGACUGAAAAUGCCCGCAAACAAGGACGGCGACGGCGGAUGGAAGGGCUUUCUGUGGAACUCAGAGAAGAAGGAAUUUUUAGGACGGACUGGCGGCAGCUGGUUGAAAAUCUUCAUCUUCUACGUAAUCUUCUAUGGCUGCUUGGCUGGAAUUUUCAUUGGCACUAUCCAGGCUAUGAUGCUGACCCUUAGCAACUACAAGCCCACGUACCAGGACAGAGUUGCACCCCCAGGCCUAUCACACACACCACGCUCAGAGAAGGCAGAGAUCUCUUUCAGCAAGCAGGAUGAUAACUCUUUCGACCCCUAUAUAAGAAACUUGAGGGAACUGCUGGAGCCAUACAAGGAUGAAAAGCAGACUGAUAUUCAAAAAUUUGAAGACUGUGGUGCAACUCCUGAAGGAUACAGGAACCGUGGAGAACUGGAGAGUGACAUAGGUAUUAGGAAGGCCUGCCGAUUCAGUAGAACGUUGCUGCGUUCCUGUUCAGGCACGGACGACAAAUCAUUUGGCUUUAAGGACGGCAAGCCUUGUCUUAUCGUAAAGCUCAAUAGGAUUGUCAACUUCAGGCCGAGGCCUCCAGCAUCCAAUGCAUCUCUCCCGGCAGCUGCCCAAGGAUAUUUACAGCCAAAUCUGAUUCCUAUCUACUGCACCAACAAGAGAGAAGAAGAUGCUGGGAAAAUCGGAGAGAUUAAGUACUAUGGCUUGGGCAAUGGUUUCCCACUCCAGUACUAUCCUUACUAUGGCAAGCUGCUACACCCUCAGUACCUCCAGCCUCUGGUGGCUAUCCAGUUCACCAACGUUACUCUUAAUGAGGAGCUGCGUAUUGAGUGCAAAGUAUACGGAGAGAACAUUGAUUACAGCGAGAAGGACCGUUAUCAGGGACGCUUUGACCUCAAACUCUUGAUCAAGUCAUGACCUUAGCUAUAAAAAUAGCACUUUUACUCUGCCCAUUUCAAAACGUAAUAAUUUAGAGAAAUAAAAAAGAAAAAUGAGUUCAAAUAAAAAAACAAAAAAAAACACGACUAGUCUUGAACAAACUUUCAUAACAUACGGGACCUACACUUAAUCUGUAUGCUUUACACUAGCUUUCUCUGCAUAUGUCUAGGGUUAGAAUGUAAAUGACAGGAGUAGCAAUAGCAAAGUAUUUAUUCUACUGUAAAUGAGAAUAUUCCUUGAGCCAUGGGACAUUCAUUCAUUCAUUACUGUAAAUUAUAAUUCCACUACUGAUGUAGCGAGCAGUGUUUCUGUCCCUGAGUAUUUCUGCCUAGCGUGGUCUCUCUAUAUAUUUUUGGAGUGUGCAGUGCAGUAGUCGCAUACAAUGGUCCUUUCCAAGCCAUGUUAUAAUUUUUGUCGUCUUAUGUGAGUAAGCUUAGUGGUCCAAGGUGUAUGGGUGUCUCGGUGUGUGAGGAAGAGAGUGAGGAAGUUUGUGCGUGGCUGUGUGUUUCUAUUCGUACACUUAAAAAAAUAAAUAAAUGAAAAAAAAAAAAAAUACUGGCAUGGUACGCGCUGAUAUCCCCAGGUCCGUAUGUGAGUAAGUGACUGCACUCCAUGGAAUUCUUUUUCCUUCUCUUUUUACUUUUUUUUGUUGAUUUUGGGGAAAAUACAUUUUUGCAUCACCUUUUCUCUUUUCAUUUGAUCAUCUUGCAGUGUGGGAGUUUAGGAUUAAUGUCCUUUCUGUAUAAGGCUUUUACUUUCUUUUUUCCUUUUAAGUGUAGAACUGUGUGUAUCUAGUCUGGAGGAUAACUCCAUGCUAGAACGGAGGACUGUUCCUCCCUGCGGUCACCGUGGCAACUCAGUGCUUUAAUUUAAUUUUUUUUUGUUGUUUUUUUUUGUUUGUUUGUUUGUUUUUUGCUGGAGACAUCACAUGACGUGGUGUAACUUUCUAAUGAAUGUUUUAGCCAUUUACAUGGUGGAAGAAUUUUAUAUUUAUGCAGUUGUACAAUUUUUUUCUGCAGGAAAAAAGUGUAUUGUAUGAAUCCAGAUACCAAAGUCACUGGUCAAAGGUUAGAAACUUAUCAGAUACAAUGCAGUACCCCCGUGUAAUAGGAUGUUUUGUUGAUGUUAAAAGUGCUUAAAAGUCAAUGCUGAACACCAGAACACCUGUCAGGAGUUACACAUCUGCUCUUGUUGUUUUAUUUAAUCCGGGUAAGACCUAAACAAAUAAAUGUACAAACAACCA